GCAUGUAUAUAACUGGAAAAGACAAACAAGUUACAGAUGAAAAUGGCUAAAGCUGCAGCUACGAAUGAUUUUGGUUUCAUCACUUGCUUGGUGAUUUUCUUGGUGUUAGCAGGUAUACAAUAUGAUGUUCGAACCUUGCCAAAGAAUAUCAAAUGGAAUGAGAAUGACUCAGAAGGUGUCGUGUAUAGAAGGUCGAACCUUAUGGGCGAGGCCUCCUAAGUUUUUUUAUUGUAGUUCUACUCUAUGUGAAGAUAAUUGCAUUAAUACUGGUGCUUAUAGAGGCGGCACAUGUGACAUGGAGGACGAAGUGGCAAUAUGCAGAUGUCAUCGUUGUAAAAAGAUAAUAUAGUUAUUUAUUUAUCAUCAAUAACUAAAAAGCGAAAACGACUUUGUAAUAACAUGCAACAAUAUCUUUAACUAUUAUCAUCCUUUUUUUUUUUUUGUUAAAGGGUUUAACUAUUAUCAUCCAUUAAUAAUAAACAUUCAAAAAGACUUAGCUGUUUUUUUAUUUUGGUAAUGUACAAAGGGUGGAAUUCCCCUGGAUUUAUUAAAAUAAAA